UCGGUGCUUCUCCAGAUAACGAUGUUUUCCCUCAAGCUGUGCUUAGCGACGGCGGUCUUCACGCUGGUGACAAGUGUCCUCGGCGCUCCUCAGAGAGACCCUUUGGCAGUACCUGCAAAAUAUAAUUUCGGAUACGAGGUCGUGGACCCCGAGAGUGGCAACGACUUCGGCCACUCCGAGACCCGGAACGGCGACAACACUUCGGGACAGUUCCGCGUGCUGCUCCCCGACGGCCGCGUUCAGGUCGUCACCUACACCGUGAACGGGGACUCCGGAUACGUCGCUCAGGUGGCGUACCAGUGAAGCCGAAAGGGUUUCCGAGCUUGCAGGAAGGAACGCCGGAAGAUGAUGACGUCUGAUGUGGUUUUGUCUAACUGGUUACGCUGCAGAGCUUCACUGUAAAGCUUUUUGGGGGAGAAGGAAAAAGUACUUUAGAAU